CAUAGUGCAAUUACAUAUCUCCAUUGCCUGUUCAGUUGGAUUUAUUCGCUUGACGCUCGAAAUACACUCACACUUAACAUGUGGACUAAGAUUGCGAUUGGCGGUGCGCUGGCUGUGAUGGGUGGAGCGCUGUAUGCCAGCGUUGUGGACAACUUUGCGUAUGUGGAUCGCUCCCUGGCGGUGGCCAUGCCCAAGGCGAAGCGUCACGAGGUCAAGGAGUAGCCCACACACCGAAG